CUCAACUUUACUCCUCUACCGUCGGAUUCUGUUUCUUAUAACACUCCAAUUGUUUCCAUUGCUAUACAAACAACAAAGCUAAAACCCAAAAACUGAAACUUAAUCGGGCGAAGAAGGCACAUUGAUCUUUCCGUCUGUUGAUUGUGUUACAUAAUUGGGAAGUUGACAUAAAUGGCUGAAAAUAAGGGAGUGCGUUCCCGGUCAGUGGAGUAUGCUAUUCAGCGUGAGUUAGCAUUUAAAGAGAAGAUCGCAAAUUUUUUUGCAGAUGAUGAAUGUCCGCCGGAUGUUUUGCCCUUUGAGGUAAAACGAUGGAAAGCUUUGAUUUCCAAGAAGAAAAGAUCGGCUGAUGGAACAGCAGAUUGCAGUCCACCAACAGCCUCUAAAUGCGCCAAAGGUUCGCAGGAAAUGUUGAAACUUUUGGAUUCUGAUGGUAGUUUCUGUUCGUCUAAAGGUACCAUCUUCAGGAGCAAUUCAAAUGUAACAAGACGGAAAGCUUUGAUUUCUAAGAACCAAACAACAUCUACAUACUCCAAAGUUCCACAGGGAGCAUUGGAACUGUUAGAAUCUGAUGGUCCAAGUAAUACAAGAGGUGUCAUCUUCAAGAGCAAUUCAAGUGUAAAUGCUGACUGUCCUUGUCCUGAUCCAUCAAACAAGCAGCCUUUUCCAUGUCCAUCUUCUGCUCAAAGUCCGACCACAAGUCAUAGUGUAAUGCCAUUGCCUGAUGCAUCAACCCCUUUACAAACCCCUAAUGCAGUGCUACCGCCUAACCAUUUUUCAAGUACGACAACAUCGGCACCCCGUCCAUCAUUAAGCUCUACAUUUACUUACUCUGGUAGAAAGAAAUAUGCAGAGUCCAGCAACUCUGGCGGCCUGCCACCUCAGCAGCAGUACUACUGUAAAAUCUGUAGAGUUCAUUGCUCUGGGACUCUUUGUUUCGAGCAGCACUUGAGAGGCCGCAUGCACAAGCUGAAACUCGGGGAUUCAAGUGUCGAGGAAAGAAACAAGCAAGUAAGAUGUGACUUGUGCAAAAUUUUCUGUCAGGAUGAAAGUUUAUUAAAGAUGCACCUUGAAGGUCAGAAACACAAGGCUAAGCUACUAGAACUCGACCGUGGUGAGAAAAUUAAAGAUGAGAACAGCCAGCAAUUCUGGUGCGAAUUAUGUCAAACUCCAUGCAUGAAUAAAGAAACUUUCAUAUUACACCUCAACGGGAAAAAACACCGUAAACAUGUGUGUUCUUGAGGAGGAGAAGAAGAAGAAAGCUGAAGCCAUGUACUCUUCCAUGGCUUGUUUUGAAUCCACAUAACAGAACAGGAACCAGUCACCAGGGUGAGAAGUGUCACAAUUGUUAACACAAAAACUGUCUUUAUAUGUCUGUUUAGUCUUAACUUCAUUUUACGAUGUCUUGAACUCCUCAGGGGACAGUUGACAUUCUUAGACGAUUGCAUAUCUAUUACUCAACAGCAGAGAUUCUUAGAUGAUUGAAUAUAUAUUACUCAAUAGCAUCUCACAAUAUGUCCAAACUAAGCAGACUACUGAUGCAAUCAGCUCCAGGUACUAGUUUUUUAGGUGCUACUCACAUUUUGGUGCAUUUAUUAAGUUUUAUUCUCUUAAUGUGAUUAGAUAUUUAA